AUGUUCUCUACGAGCCUUCUCAAAGAGCUUAAUCUCGGCACUGACACGAUCCUCUGUUCUGACAUAGAACAGUCCGAUCGUGUUUUGGGAGCGCUGAAAAAGAAUACCUUCGACACCGUGGACAGGGACGUGAAUGCCUGGGCGCCGUGUCUUGUUGCGGCCGAUCAGCAGCAACAAUUCGAGCUUACAUGGGUUAGUCAACGCGUACUCUGUCCGACUAACGACGUACAUUGGGAGUACCCUCCAUCUCCCUGUACCUCCAUUGAGGAGGAUGAAGGAUGCGAACGUGACGACGAUAUGGGGGGGAACUAUCGUCAACAACAUGAAGAUCAUCACGCCAGCCCUGUGCCCAAGGACCCGGCAGAUGUGUUUGCUUGGACGGAGUUGCAGCGUUCCGAAGCCAAGAAAGCCCAUGAGCCCAAGACUGUCAAGGAGCUGGAGCGUCUGGGACACGACGUCCCGCCGGACGUGCAUCCUUACGUGGUUGGCAAGUCGGACAGCACCAGGAUGAACUACGGACAGCUGCUCCCCUAUAUUUCCAGCGAUAUGAGCAAAUAUCAAGACAUCUACGCGGCUUUGCGGUCAGUAUUUGCUGAUGUGUUUGAAUACAUGGCCAAGAAGAUUCAGACAAUAUUGCCCGCCACCUACGCCGAUCUUCGACUGGAUGCUGAGAUACUGCCGGGCAAUGCGUGCUCGGUUGUGCACCCCUUCCUUUCCCUCGUAAUCAACCUAAACGUGGCCACUCUCGCGCACAGGGACAGUCAGGAUAAGUCACUGUGCGUUGUCCUGGCUGUCGGAGACUACGAAGGAGGAGAGCUGUGUUUGUACGAGCCGGGUCUCGUCCUGCCGCUCCGCAACGGGGACUUUGUGGCGUUCCCAUCCUCGCGAUACACUUCCGUGGUCUCGCGCCUGCUCGCCCAUCUCGGGGCCAUGUCUACACGCCAGACACGAUCUAACUCGACUGCGAAGCCCAAUGGGGCUCGGGCAAAGAAGACCGGGGCCCAGCCGACGUCAAAAGGCGCCUCCGCGGGUAAAGCGACGUCCAGCAAACCUGAUGCGUCGUCCAGCAAGCACGAUGAUUCGGCCGCCGCCCCCUUUAACUACAAUGCUGCACUGAAAGAGGCGAAAGAGUUCGUGAGGAAGGCAAUGCCGAAUGCCAGCGACAAAGAAGUUCUGGCCAAGGCUCGUAGAUACGUGACGGACAUGAGGAAACAGGGCACAGUGUCGGAGAAGGACCGACGAGAAGGCAUACAGGCAAAGAGCGCGUUAAUGCAGAAGGAAGAUGAGGAUGGAGAUGGAGAGGUUGACGAGUUGGAGGAAGAUUUUGGCGAAGGUGUGGAAGUUGUGCCGCCUACUAAGGCCAACGAUAAACGUGACAAAAGCUGGUCGAAGAGGAAGGCUCCCCCAGCGAGUGAGGACGAAGACAGCGAAGAGGAGGGCGUGGAACAGCGGGGCAAGAAGAAGGCGAAGGUGGAGAAGAAACGCAAGCUGGCGAGAAGGAACACGUCAGAUGAGGAGGAAGUUGACAGUAAUGGCGGACACAGGAGCAUGCAUGGAUCAGAAGCGAGAGGCGGACCAGCCGGCCAUCGGGGGACGAAGGCAGCAGAGGAAAUGGAGGAAGAGGAACCGGAGGACGUGGAGAUGCAGGGCAAGGCACCAUCCACGUCCGCGAAGGGCAAGGCUAGAGCCCUUUCGCCCAGGAACCUAUGCGGAGGGGAUGAGGAGGAAGACGACAUCAACGUUGAGGAGAAUGAGGUCGAUGACGACGAGAUCAUUGUGAAGCAUGAGGAGAAGACCCCGCCGAGAAAGAAGAAAGCCGCAGAGUCGGCCAAGGCCAAGGCGAAGCCAGCCAGCAACCCUGUUGCCAAAAUUAACUACGCUACUGCCGAGGCCAAGGUCAUCAUUGGGACUGAGCUCCUCAAGGGCUUCGUGCAAGUGGUGCAACAGGAGUUCCGCGUCUACCUCGCCUUGGAGAAUGCUUGGCCCCGCUCUAGGAAGCACGGUUUCGUGGAGAAGACCGACUCCGCUGCCAUCAUCAUCAAGAGGGUAGGCGAACAGCACAAGGCAUUCCAGGGCGAGGAGUUCCAGGCCGUAUACAAGAUCUUGUCGAAACGGCGGGAGGUGAUGAAAUACAUGGCGAAGCAGGUGUACAAGAUCGCGUCACAGUUCCGCCAGGAGGUCAAACAGAAGGCGAAGCGAGUCGCUGACAGGGACUUCCUGUCCAUCAAGGUGACGGAGGUUGGGCGGAACGGCGAGAGGUUAAAUCCUACAGCCCGUGCGGAGAAGCUCGUCAAGGCGAUUGAGGCCCGCAUCAAGUGGCUGAAAGAGAAGGAUGCGUUCCACCAUGGUGGCAUGAAGCUGUCGGAUCCCGACGACGAUACAUCGGCGCGUGAUUGUGACCGGCGUGCAUUUCUUCGUACUAAUCUACUGGAACAGCACAACGAGGUCGACUUCGACAUGCCAUUCCACAACGAUGCAGUGGCGGAGGUCAUGGCGCGUCAGUGGUGGCUUGGGCAGCACCCGGAGGCACUGCGCGAGGGCAACCAGAGCCGCUUCGACCUCAACAAACCUCUCUCCAGCAACAUGAUUGCCCUGGUGUGCAGCGCGCUGCUCGUUUGUUUUGACGAGGCUUUGAGAGGCAACAUGACGAUCAACUUCGACGAGAAGUCUUACGCCCCCGAGCAUGACCGCAUCAAAGCUCGUAUCGACAGGCUCAGGAAGCUGGCGGGCCCGAAGUACCGCGAGAAGAGCGGCGCGGUUGCCGCAUUCCUCAAGUCCAUGAACGAGACUCUGACGAGUCACAUCCGGACUGUCUCUGGCUUGGGCGGCGAAUGGGAGGAUGAGGCCGAGGAGACUGAGAAGGAAGAUGGAGAGCUGGAAGGCUUCCUUUCCAGGUGGGGGAAGAAAGCUGCGACCAGCACUGGAGCGGGGCCCUCCGGAAAGGGUGGCUCGACCGCCGGGGACCCCGACAGCUCGUCGUGA